AUGCCAAUUGUAUGUGCGAACAUCAAUACGACAUUAAACCCUUUGCUUGGUGCUAACAUUAAACCAUAUCACAUCUUUAAAGAAUAUAAUCUAGGAGUCAUUGGUUAUAUAACUGAAACAACUGGUGGUAUUUCAAAUGCGGGUCCAACAGUAGAAUUUUAUGAUCCAAUACCAAUAGUUCAACAAUAUGUGAAUGAACUUCGUACCAUGGGAAUCAAGCGUAUUCUAACCGUUUCUCAUAAUGGAUAUGGUCCUGAUAAAGAAUUAGCCGCAAGGACUUAUGGUGUUGCGGUGCAUAUUGGAGGUCAUAGUCAUACUCUUCUAUCUAAUGACACAAUUUCCGAAGAUUAUCAUUUAGCAGCGGGACAUUUGGACGUAUCAUUCGAUAAAGAUGGAAAAGUAGUCAACUAUUCAGGUGCACCAAUUCUCGUAGAUCAGUCAAUUCCUCAAGAUCCCAAAAUAGCCGACCUGGUAAAACAAUGGAGAGAACCAUUUGAUCAGUAUACAAAAACAGUAAUUGGUAAAGCUAGUGCACCGUUUGAUCAAUUAUCAUGUCAGAGAAGUGAAUGUACAAUGGGUAGCCUAGUAUUAGAUUCUUUCCUAUGGUCUCAACGAAAAACCAGUAAAGUAAAUGCUGCAUUCUUAAAUUCUGGUGGAAUUCGAGCUGGAUUGAUGGAAGGAAACAUUACUCGUGAGAAUAUUAUAACUAUUUUACCAUUUAGUAAUGCUAUGGUAAUUUUAGACAUGAGUGGUCAAAAUAUUACAGAUAUGUUAGAAAGUGCGACAGGAAGGUGGAAAAAUAUAAUUUCUGGAAAAAGAGUCACUAGUUUUAUACAAUUAUCUGGUAUUAGGUUUAAGUAUGAUAGUAGUAAACCUGUAUUUAAUCGAGUAUUGGAAGUGAACAUACAGAAUAGUGAUACCGAAAUAUUUGAGCCGUUAGAUCUUAAAAAAAUUUAUAAAAUUGUUACUGUCGAUUUUAUUGCCAAUACCGGUGACGGGUUAAUUCCAUAUCCUAUUCAAGAUUUGGUUCCUUUUGACAACCUAGACGUAGCAUUAACAAAUUAUAUUCAAGAUCAAAAAGUUGUUAGUCCAUAUUUAGACGGUCGUAUUCAAGAUAUUUCCCCUAUCACCGUUUACAGUACUUUAUCCCCUCAUGAACCUAUCCAUUUUGGUUAUGACAAAUUAAGUGAUAGUGUGGAAAUCAAGGUGAAAGGUAACAUAAAAUCAGAUAAACAAAUUAUAAUUAAAAUUGAUGGUUGA